AGUCAAACACUGCAGCUUUCGAUGUUGAGCCGGGGGUCUCUUUGGAAACAGCCUCUCUACUUUCGAGUAGGGGCAAGGUCUGCGUACACACACUCUCCCCAGACCCUACUCUUGUGGGAUUUAACUGGGUUGUUGUUGUUUGUUGUUUAAGUUAUUUUCAAUUCCGAUCAUAAAUCAUUGGUCCAAUAGAUCAAAGCCCACUGAAAAAGAAAAAGAGUUGCAUGUGAUAAAUAAGCAAGUUCCAAUAGGCCAAGUCAACCUUUCAAGGAUUGGGCUAAGCAAAUGGACUCGAUCAGAAAUCAGGACAAUGAUAGAUCAUUGGCUUAAUGGCUUUUAAUAUACCUAUUCCUUCAAAUGAGGAUUCAGGAGCAACAAACUGGGUGGGCCCAGAUGGGAGGGUCUACCAUAGCCAUGAUGGACUUGCACCACAUUCACACGAACCCAUAUACUCACCUGGCUUCUUCAACAGGAGAGCCCCUCCUCUGACCAACAGGAAUUUCAAUGAAAGAGCCUUCACUGUUGGGAUUGGUGGCCCUGUUGGAACUGGAAAAACAGCAUUGAUGCUCGCAUUGUGCAAAGCAUUAAGAGACAGAUACAGUCUAGCAGCAGUGACAAAUGAUAUAUUCACAAAGGAAGAUGGAGAGUUUUUGAUAAAGCAUGGAGCACUUGCGGAGGAAAGGAUUCGUGCAGUUGAAACAGGAGGCUGCCCACACGCUGCUAUUAGGGAAGAUAUAAGCAUUAACCUUGGACCUCUAGAAGAGCUUUCGGGCUUGUUUAAAACUGAUAUCCUUCUGUGUGAAUCUGGUGGAGAUAAUCUAGCUGCCAACUUCAGCAGGGAGUUGGCUGACUACAUCAUCUACAUAAUUGAUGUAUCCGCGGGUGAUAAAAUCCCACGAAAAGGUGGUCCCGGAAUCACCCAAGCUGACCUCCUUGUCAUCAACAAGACUGAUCUGGCACCAGCUGUUGGAGCUGAUCUCUCUGUUAUGGAGCGCGAUGCACUUCGCAUGAGGGACGGUGGCCCUUUUGUUUUUGCUCAGGUGAAACACGGCGUGGGAAUCGAAGAAAUCGUAACCCACAUUUUGCAAGCUUGGGAAGUAGCAACAGGGAAUAAGCCACACUGAAUUCAGAUUAAUGAAGAUCCCUGCAUCUAUGAACUCUUUUUCAUUUGAUGAUUUCUGGUUUAUCCUAAUUAACAGUACUUACUUAGAGGACUCUCCUUCAAUGAACCAGACUUGGUAUUUUCUUAGUGUGUUUUCUCCUUCCGUUCUAGUGCAUUCGUCUAGUUUAUCUUUUUCAAAUCAAGCUGGACGAAUUUUAUUCAUCAAUUACUCUCAAUCUGUAUUGCAUAUUACUCCAUAUUACAAUGAAAUAAAAUUUUGAAAGUUUU